AUGAAACUCCCCACCUUCCUCAAAGGAAAAAAAAGAGGCCUCGAAAUGCGGCAUCACAAGCUGCCGAAAAGUGCAUUACCGCCGACAAGGAUCCUGUUUCUAAGUAUUUUCGGAAACAAUGCAGCCAAGGCUGCUUCUUCGGAACCUGAUAGAGAAAGCUUUAUUGGUGUUGAGGACGAUGAUUUUCUGAUGUGGAUACUGAACGAUGCCACGAACGAUAUCGUCAUGGAGACAGACGACCCGUCACGACCAAAAGAGAUGCAAUUGGACUAUACUCUUGGAACCAACCGGUCCCAGCACGACAAUCCCCAGGUUGACGUGCCCCCGUAUGACCAGCCCCAGUAUGACUAUAACUCCGGGGCUUCGAGUUGCAGCACACAUCCCGAGUGCAUCCCUGACUCUUUUGCCAAUCCCGCUAUGAGUGAUUUGGGACCAAGCGACGAUUUCUUUGAUCGGUUUCUGGGGUUUGCCACCGUCGCUAACGACGCUCCCCUGGAAUCCACCGCGCCACCAAGUGAUGGUGACUUGUUGCCCUCCGUAGGGGUGAACGAAAUGGACCGGAAUGUGGCAGAAGAGCACAUGAACCUAGGAGAACCUGACCGGGGAGAAAUGGACAUUGAUCCGGAAGAACCUGACCGGGGAGAAAAGGACAGGAAUCCGGAAGAACUGCCUGGCCGGGGCGUGGAAGAUAAGGGCAAAGGCGUGCCCCUCCUCAUCGCCUUCACUGGCGCGGAAGAGAGUAUGAGGGGAGAAGAAGGUGCAGAAUAUAAAGAUCUGGACGGAGUCCACGGCGUGGCCGCCCCUGCCUUGGCCGCCCCUGCCUUGGCCGCCCCUGCCUUGGCCGCCCCUGCCUUGGCCGCCCCUGCCUUGGCCGCCCCUGCCGUGGCAGCCCGUGCCUUGACAGCCCGUGCCGUGGUAACCCCUGCCGUGGUAACCCCUGCCGUGACAGCGCGUGGCGUGGCGGCCCCCGGCGUUGCGGCGGGGCGUCGCUUGAAAAUAGUCCGUCGCCUUAAGGUCGAUCGUCGGAAGGAACCCCCCCGUCUAAAGCCGUUGCAGCCUGUGACUUACAUGGCGGCGUCGGCGGCGCCGGCGACAAAGAACGUGUUGGUUAUUGCGACGGCUGGUGAGGCAGGUUUGAGAGUGGAGUUACGUCUUUUGGUUUGGGCGUACGACAUUAAGAGUCGGGGUUGGCAGAGGUUGGUGCCCUUCGACAUACGUAAGUUCUCUGUAUACGGGUUGGCGUUGGCAGCACGUCGUUUUCACUUGGCGCUCAACGCCAACUUGACGCUGGAUGCGGCGUGUUAUACAGCGGCCCCGGGCAUGAGUAAUGUGUGCUUGCGGCCAGCUGACUUUGUGGCCUUGUUACGUUCUCCGCGACGUCGUUCUGAAAUUGUUCGAGCCGUGCGACUUGUACCGGUUGAGGACGUGGAAACAGCGAUUGAUGAUGUGUUGAAAUAUUUACCGUCUUCGGGUUCUUUCGACUCGCGAAUGCGGAGUUGGUGGAAUGCACGUGCGCCUUCCUUCAGCCUUCGACGCGGCAAACGCUUUGUGUCGGCGAAGGACUUCGAACGACUCGUCAUCAAGCGACUGGGUGACACCGAAGUGAACAUUCGCACUCUCAUGGACCGGUGGGACGCCACAUUGACGCCCAACACAGAUGUGUUCAGUCGCACACACUCCAUGCAGAAAGAGUCGGAUGAUGUUGUUGCGGCGCAGGGCGUUGUAGCGACGAAGGAUGGUGGCGCGGUUAAGUCGACGUUCACGAUUGCGACGGUGGAGGAGUCAAAGUCAGCAAUGCCGCCUCGUUUCCUUAUCUACGCAUACGAUGUGUUGAGCAAGGGUUGGCCACACUUAGUACCAUUCGCAUGUAAGGGUCUGUCGGUCUUUGGAUUGGCACAGAAGGCGAUAGCUUGGCGUGCGGAUGGUUGUCAGAACUUGAUAUUGGAUUCCCGUUGCUAUAAGUGUCGGUUCGACGAUGCGUCUGUGGUAUGGAGUUUUGCACGAUUUCUGGAAUGGCUGCAGGACGAGCGGUCAGGAGCUCGUGCGGACGACGUCGGUGUGCGAAGCGCAUGGAAACCGAAGUACGGGCAGGUUGCCUUGAGUCGUCUAGAAGAAGCGUUAGAUAACGUUAUUGGAACGUGGCCUUAUUACGGCCCCUCAAGCAUCACAAUUGGCUCACGUAUGAAGUCAUGGUGGCGCGGACAUGGUUCAGCUUACCACACAUCUGUGCUCGAACCGCACCUGCCAGCACGCAAGUUUGAAUGGCUGCUGGUCAAGCGGAUAGGCGACUGGGGUUUUCCCGUCACUAACAUUCGUCGGGCUGCACCUAGAGCGGCUCGGCGUGAUCGCAUUGUCGAACUGAAUGGCAAACAAAACUUGGACCCGGUACCUCCCUAUUUACUGAGUCGUACGGGCCGCCGUUUCGUCUUGUGCAACAACAAAGAAAUGGAUCUCAGAGUCAAGCCACGUUUCCUCGUGUGGGCAUUCGACGUAUUCAACAACGAAUGGUGGCAUACUAUACCCUCACACAUCGACUAUCGACGCCUCUCCGUCUUCGGCCUCGCCCGUCUAGCCUUACUCUGGGUCGAAACUGGAAAUGAGAUUCACACUCUAUCCGCAAGCUGCUAUUGUUGCUCAGAAAAUGGACUCAGCCACCCCUCGUCCGAAUACUGCGAACGGUGCGAGCUACCUUGGAGCGCAACCGAACUCUGGGAGUGGAUACAGGGCCGACACCCUUCUACCACUGCCCAACGCAACGGCUCUCAACUCGACGCGGUGGAAGACGCUGACGUUGAAGAACACGCUAACGUGGAGGAACACGCUGACGUUGAAGAACACGCUGACGUGGGGGACAAGACAGUAAGCACUGCCUCCGUUCCUCGAGCAGAGAUUAACAAGUGCAUCAACACUUUCGGCUUUGAUAUUCCUCCCACGACACAGCUAGACUUGAGAUACCCUGUCCCCUACUUCGACUGGGCACUCCUCACUUCCACGGAACGCGUGCCCACGUUCCGCGCUCGCGCUACGUACUGUUGGCUGCAACAGCUGCAGAAUUCUCUGCCGUCACCGGAAGGCCUCACACGGAUCGAAUACGAACGGUGGCUUUUACACGAAUAUAAUCAAUGCAGCCGAAAGUUGUGA